GGCACGUGCCAUUUACAGUAUUCUUUAUGGGGCAUUUUUCUGAUCUGUUUUUGGCCGUUUCUAGUUAACUAACUAACAGUGACUAAAAAUUUAAAUUAGAUAAUAAAAAGAAAUUAGCAAAAAUAAACGAAUUAAUGUCUCGUCUCUUCUCUCUUGUCUUCUCCAGAUCAGUGCUUGUGGGGUUUUCCCCAUGGAGCUUCUUCUCUCUUUGUCUCUCCUCCUAGGGUUUUGGUGUAACAACAAUCCACAAUUCACGAGGCAUGAAUCAUUAUUCUCCCCACUUGCUAAUUCUCUCGCGAAGAUCCCCAGAUUUUACUAUAUCAUCGGCUUUGGGAAUUUAACUGGACAACGAUUUUCAAACUCUGAUAUUGAAAAAUGGCCACACAUUCAUCGAGAUCGGAGAAUAAAGACGCCGGAGAAGAAGAUGAGCUCCGACGACGAAACCCUUAUGAAGUCCUUGGCAUCCCUAGCAAUUCGACUGAUCAAGAGAUCAAAAGUGCUUAUCGAAGAAUGGCUCUCAGGUACCAUCCUGAUAAGAAUCCAAACGAUCCCGUUGCAGCGGAUAUGUUUAAGGAAGUUACAUUUGCCUAUGAGGUCUUGUCUGAUCCUGAGAAUCGGCGUCUAUAUGAUACUACUGGCUCUGAGGCUGUGGGUCCGGAAAAUGAAGAUCUUGAGCUUGAUCUUUCGAGCUUAGGAGCUGUUAAUACUAUAUUUGCCGCGCUGUUCAAUAAGCUUGGUGUGCAGAUUAAGACAACCGUCUCUGCAAAUUUAUUGGGGGAGGCGUUGAAUGGUACGGUUACUACUUUGCCUCUCAUGGUUGGGCAAGUCGUGUCCAGGAAGGUUGAAAAGCAAUCGGCUCACUUUUAUUCUGUAACGUUAACAGAGGAAGAAGCCCAGGCUGGAUUGAUAUGUAAGGUGCAGUCAUCUGCAAAAAACAAAUUCAAGUUGCUUUACUUUGAACAAGUAGAGAAUGGAGGACUGAGCUUGGCCCUACAGGAAGACAGCAGGAAAACAGGAAAGCUCUCGACUGCAGGGUUGUAUUUCUUCGGCUUCCCUGUUUAUCGUUUCGAUCACAGGGUUAAUUCAAGGGCUCUCUCAAGGGAUCCAGAAACCGGAUUUUUCAAAAGGCUUGAUACAUUCCAACCGUUUGAGAUCACUGAACUUAAAGCUGGUUCUCAUGUCUUUGCUGUUUAUGGUGAUAAUUUUUUCAAAAGUGUGAGCUACACUCUAGAAAUAUUCUCAUCUGCUCCAUUUGCUAAUGAGAAAGAGAGUCUUCGGUCCACUGAAGCGCAGAUAGUCUCAAAAAGAUCCGAGCUAUUGAAGUUUGAAUCUGAAUAUCACGAGGUCUUUGCACAAUUCACAGAGAUGGCUAGUAAAUGCACAGGGGAAGUGCAAGAGAUUGAUGAGCUUCUUAAGAGGAGGAAUGAGAUAUGUGCGGCGUACACAAUCUUCCCACCAUCGAAGCAAGGUUCAAGCAAGAACAGAAGCUGGAGCAAGGGAAAGAGCAAGAAGAAGAGCAGUCUUUUAAUGGAACCUAGAGAAGAAGGAGAAGUCGCAGUUAGGGAAGAAGAUGGAGUGAAGAAGAAGAAAUGGUACAACAUUCAGCUUAGGCAAGACAAGAAAAAAAACUGACGAGAGUACUGAAAUCUUGAGUUUUUUUCAGGCACAUAGCUAUGUUCGAGAAACGAUAUAUAUGUUUCAGUAAUAAUCUCUAGGGAUUAUCAACAUCUAAUAAAAAGUGGUCUAUGGUUUCUUAUG